AGACAGAGAGCAGAAUGAACAUGGGGGAGACGCCGAGAGGCACACAGAGGCCUGACUGAUAAGGGCAGAGGAGGAAAGAAGGCCUCCGAGACGGUGGCAUGAAUGUGGUCGGACAGAGACAGGGAGAAGGAUGGGGAGAAUUGAGAAGCAGGAAGAAGACUGUGAGAGAAAUAAAGAGGCCGAGAGGAGCUGAGCCAGGCAGCCGGUGGAGCAGGCAGAUGGAACAACAGAGACAGAGAACAGAGCCACAGAGUGGGCACACAGCACGUCCUGGCAGCCAAGCCCUGUGGGUUUGGUGGGAGCAGAUGCUUCUAUGGGAGCAGCAGCUGAUGGCCCCCAGCACGUGCAUCCUUGUUGACUCCAGGCCCAGCACAGCCUCCUCGGCAGCCAGCCUUAGCCUGGAGGAGCAACCCCGGUCCAGAGAGGCAGACGCAUGGCAGCCCUGCCCGGCGGAGGCUCCAUUCUUCUCCUCCAUCCUCCUCCAGGCUCCACCCACCUGCUCCGUCUGCAUCCCAGGGCCUCGUGAAUCCCAGGGAAGCCAUGAGCUGCCACAUCACGCCCGGAAGGAAGCAGGCUGCGUUGGAGGGCCAAACACGCACCUGUGCAGCAACUUCGAGUUCGAGGCACCGCAGAGCCGGAAGGACCUCGGCGCUGCUGCCUCCGCCCCUCCGGUCCUAAGCCAGAAAGCUGAGACCCAAAGCCGGGAAGGGGCUCGGCCAAGUGGAAGAGAUGAAGGCCCAGAGGCACGAACUCCCAGGGCCAUAGAACAGGAGCUGGAUUCUACCUGGAGCAGCCUGGGUGCAGGACCCAUGCCCCCAACCGUGGCCACGGCCGAGACCCACCCAAGACAGGGCACAAAGGGGAAGUAAGAAGCCAGGGGUGCCGUGCCGGAGGGCAGCCCCGAGUGAGACCGGCAUCGUGGCCAAGGGUCCCCCUUCUGGAAGAGCUCUCGUCACAACCUUGGACACACCACAGGGGCCUAGACCCCAGGCCCCUCGAGCCCCUCCCUCAGAUCGGCUUCUAAUUUUAGGUGAAUCCUCUCCAGCCACCACAUGCACCCUUGCGUGCCUGUAUGUUGUCGUCUUCUGAAAAGGUGCAGGACCGUGAUGCCCGGCUGACUCGCAGGGUGCAGGAGCCCCAGAGGCCAGAGGAGCAGGAGAGCAGGGCCGGGGCCACCUGAGGGCCUGUGGAGCCUGAGUUGUUGAAACGCUCAGAUUAAAGCAGAU